AUGCUGUCAGAAGGGUAUCUCAGUGGACUUGCUUACCGGAGUGACAUCCAGUGGAGCUGUACAUCUUAUAAUGAGCAGGUGGCUGAGGAAAAGGAAGAGGAGAGAGAAGCCACAGCUGCUGCUACUCUUUCCUAUUCCUCCGUGGAUGAAACACAAGUCCGAAGUCUCUAUGUGAGAUGCAAAUCCUCAGGCAAGUUUAUUUCUUCAGUGCAUUCAAGAGAGAGCCAACACAGUAGAAAUCCGAGAAUCACAGUGUUGCAGACAAACCCCAAUCCCGUGUUUGAAAGCCCAAACUUGGCCGCAGUUGAACUAUAUAGAGACCCCGGCAGAGAGACCUACUUGGUUCCACCUUCCUGCAAGAGUAUCUGCAAGAAUUACAAUGACUUACAUAUUGCAGGGGGCCAGGUGAUGGCCAUUAAUUCAGUGACAACAGAUUUUCCCUCUGAGAGCAGUUUUGAACAUGGCCCUUUGCUGAAAUCGUCUGAGAUUCCUUUGUCCAUGGAGGAUUCCAUUUCCACUCAGCCCAGCGACUUCCCACCCAAACCUAUCCAGCGGUAUUCAUCCUACUGGAGAAUAACCAGCAUCAAAGAGAAAAGCAGCCUGCAAAUGCAGAAGCCUAUUUCGAAUGCAGUGCUGAACGAAUACCUGGAGCAGAAGGUGGUAGAGUUAUACAAGCAGUACAUUAUGGACACUGUGCUUCAUGACAGUUCUCCUACCCAGAUUCUGGCAUCUGAACUCAUCAUGACAAGUGUGGACCAAAUUAGUAUUCAAGUCUCUAGAGAGAAGAACCUGGAGACCUCAAAAGCCAGGGAUAUAGUCAUUAACAGCCUUUUACAGUUGGUGUCAACUGAAGUCAGCACUCCUGAAAUCAGCACUCCGAGUCUCCAUAUUUCUCAGUAUAGUAACGUGAAUCCAUAG